UUAGGGUUGGUUCUCCGUAAUGUUGUCCCGUAAAAUUCUCCAAAACCUGCGCCAAUGCACCUUUGAAUUGACCAGGGGGGCUAGGGGUACGGCAAAGAUCAACUCCAUCCUCUUAAGGACCCCUAUAUUGAGUCCAUUCAAGAGACACUAUGCGCAAACUCCGUUUCCCUUUGACCAUAAGAAGGCUCAGGAGAAACGAGAAUUAGAAAAGCUUCCCAAGUACAAGCAAUGGGCCAAGUACUUUGAGAGUAUGGAAUUCAAGCGUAAGAUGACAAAGUACUACUUGGCGACAUUUGGUGUGAUGCUUGUGGCGUUCUAUUUCUACAUGCGUGACCGGUACCAUGAAGACAAACAGAUGAAGCACAUCAAGCAAAAGUAUGCGCAAGACCCUGCAAGUCUUAGUGAAUAUGAAUACCUCAAAUUUAAGGCGUUCAGUACUGAUAAGUUGAAGCCACGUGAACAAAAAAAAUUCCGCCUUUAUCAAAUGAUGCGCAAGGAAUUUAGGAGAAAGAACCUUUUUGACGCUUCUGUCAUGUUUGAGCCUACUCCUCAAGAGCUUGAUGAGUGGUACAGUAGGCAAGCAAAGCCCACUAAGAAGGUGGCACUGGCCGAUGAUGAUAAAGACGUUCUGUUUUCGAAUCAACUUGAACUUGAGCCCGAGGAGCCCAAAGUAUCGAAUGAGACGAACCCAAACAUCCAGCCGGCGAAAGAUACAACAGAAUUUUUUGAUGAACUUGCAUCCGCUUAUGAUGACCAAGUGAAGUGGGAAGAAAGAGGAAUUAUGAUGGGUAGCAGAAGAAGAUGGCUCAUGAGCCAAGCUCAGGGUGACGUGCUAGAAGUGGCAUGUGGUACAGGCAGAAAUAUCCCGUAUCUUAAAACUGAGCAAGUGGACUCAAUCACUUUUAUGGAUUCUUCGAGCAAAAUGGUGGAGGAGACGCAGAAAAAGUUCCGUAGCAAGUUCCCCAAGUACAAGAACGCGGCUUUCGCCGUAGGAAAAGCCGAGGAUUUAGUGGACCUUGCCCUGGACUCAUUUAAAUAUGAUACUGUGAUUGAAGCUUUUGGGCUUUGUGCGCAUGAAGACCCAGUAAAAGCUUUGAAAAACAUGGCCACUUUGUUGAAACCAGGAGGACGAAUUGUACUUUUGGAGCACGGCAGAUCCACGUGGGACUUUGUCAAUAACCAUUUGGACUUCCGUGCUGAAAAGAGAAUGCACACUUGGGCAUGCAGAUGGAAUUUGGACAUUGGUGAAAUGAUCGAUGAUGCUGGACUUGACAUCACCUAUGAGAAAAGAGUGCAUUUGGGCUCUACGUGGCUUUUGGUGUGUAAGAGACCCGAGGAUCCAUUUCACAUAGAGGAAAAGCCAUUUAUCAACAAACUUUUUGGAACUGAGUUUACUCCUGUUGAGAAGAAAUAAAUUUGUACAUAGUGUGGGAAUAGCGAGCUUCCUCGAUGUUUUUCACGGAACAAUAUAGCACCUGGAUAGCGUCAAAAACCAAAUAAGCUUUACUUUGGCUGAACCGAUGUUUUCAGCCUUAAAAUU